AAAUAUCCGACUACCAACUUAUGUUUUGAAGAAGUUUGUGAGCUUAAGAUUGCUUUAAGGCAGUUGUGUGCUUGUGGAGUUGAAACCAUUGAAACAAUGGCAAUGAACAUGUCGGAAAAUUUUGACAAGUAUUGGUCCGAGGUGCAUUCUUUAAUGGGAGUUGGAGCUAUACUUGAUUCAAGGUAUAGGACUAAAGUAAUGGAUUGCUACUUUUCCAAGAUUUAUGGUGGGGAUAGUAAGGUGCAGAAGGAGAAGCUGAUUAGUAUAUGUCGUAAGUUAGUUGAAGACUAUGAAGAGAAGGAAAGAGAGCAAGAUAAAGUAAAUGAUGGGGUUCCAAUGGACAGUUCAGGAGCUGCUCCAGGUAAGAAGGAAGCAUCAAGCAAAUUGGCUAUAUAUGCUUCUAGAAGGAAAAGAAAGCCUACUAGAUCAGAACUGGAUUGUUACUUGGAAGAUGGAAUUAUACCCAACACACCUUAUUUUGAUGUUUUGUGUUGGUGAAGUCAAAUAGAAGUAAAUAUCAUAUAUUGCAUAAGGCUGCAAGAGAUAUUUUGGCGAUUCCAGUUUCUACAGUGGCAUCAGAAUAUGCUUUUAGUACAAAUGGAAGGGUGAUUUCUUCUCAUCGAAGUAGGUUGGAUCAAAAUACUGUAGAAUGUUUAAUGUGUGCUCAAAGCUGGUUGCGUGCUACUUCUCAAGCUCAAGGUAAUUAUCACAAUUCCAAGUGUUUAUUUCUUCACAUAUACAUAAUCUAUGAAUCUUUCUAACUGUUUUAUGCAUGAGUGCAGCUGGUUCCACUACACAAAGGCCUCAUAUGGUACUAUACUUGAGGAUUCUGAUGGAGAGGAAGGGAAUGAUCCUGAGGUGCUGAUCCAUUACAUUUUCCUUUUCAAUUACAACAUUUUUUGGCUGUUUGGCUGUUUCAUGAGUGUUUAGUUGUUUCCUUUUUCAAUUUCACCUACAACUAUGUUUGACUUGUUCAUGUUUUAUGCAUAUAUGUGAAGGUGCAGGCUAAUGGUAUGCAAAGUUUUUGAUAAUGAUGAGCAAUAUAUUAAGAGAAGAACAAGCAACAAGUGUACAAAAAAGAACCCAUAGCUAUGUCAUCACCAGAGGGAGGUGUUUGUUUUUCUACAGACUGAGGAAGGCUAACUGGAUGCUUCAUCUCAUCAUCUGUUGCAUGAAGUUUGAAGACUGAAGUUUCCAGAUUCUUCAGUUGAUCAACUUUUGUUAUGUUCUUAUGAUUUAUGCAAUCACUUUUUGGAUCGGAUUUCAGUUCUUAGAGGAUGCUUGAGAGUUUAUUUUGGGUGAUGAUGAAUUGAAUUUGGAAUUUUCUUUAUGGAUUAUAUGUUAUAUCACAGAUUAAGUAGCUAUAUUUUGAUGAAUGAAUGGAUAUGCAAAAUUAAAGGCUGGUAACUAAAAAUGAGACAGGAGUGCAGGGUUGGUAUAUGAUGCAUUGUUGUUAGUACAUUUGUGUAAAUGAGAAUGGAGUAGGGCGGGUUUUACCCGCUCCGUGCGAGGCACAACCUGGGUCAAAAAACAGCGACCCGUUGUGGGUCGCAGGGCGGGGCGAUGGAUACGAAGGCAGGGCACGAGUUUAGGGAUACCUGCCCCAAACAUGACUCGUUCCCAUCCCUAAGUACGAGGUGUGUAUGAAUUUAUAUAUUUUUAAUUAGGACGGAGAUAAGAUGGUUUAUAGAUCUGACCUCAAACCGCCCCACUUUCAUCCUUACUUCAAUCAGUGUUACGGUUCUUUAAUGUCUACUUUGGGGUUUAUUUUAUUUUCUUAUCAUUUUUCUCUUAUUUAAUUGGUCGAAAAAGUCUUUUGUAUUAUUUCGUAUCUAUGUUAUUUUUGAGAUAUGUAUGGAAAAAAGAAACUAUUGACUUAAUCCCAUGGUUUCUCCUUCUCCGGAUUAUUGUCUGUUGGUUUUGCACAAAAUAAUGAUAUACCCCCCCCCCCUGAAUUUUCACGAAGAAAAUCUAUAUAAAAUAAAUUCAAAGCAAAUGUUUGAUUUAAUAAAAAAAAUGAAAAUGAACAACUACAAGAGGGACACAAGCACAUGUUCAACCGUGGAGCAUGCAAUUUGUUUUUAUCAAAUGAUUUUACUAUAUGCUUUUUAUAACUCCAGUUGUCACUAAAAGUGUCCCAAAACGUUGUUCUAAAUUUUCCUAAACAAAAGCUCAUUGACCUAACUUGAUCAUAUAUUUACAUACUCAUGAUAUGUGGUAUUGGAAUCAACCGUGAAAUAUAUUGAUAUUAAAGUAUCAAUCUGACCCAACCCGGCAACAUAUGUUCCAUCUCUAUCACAAGGACAAAAUUAUUAUGCUUUUAUUAUUUAUUUUAUAUUUUCUCGUUCCAAUUGAUUGGUCAUCGUCCUGACAGAGAAGAAGUAUGAACCUUAGAUUAAACUUUGUCUGUGGCCCGGGUGUUAGAAGUGUUUUUUCGGAUUAAACUUUUGAAGAAACA